AUGCACAAGUUUGAAGAACUGAGCGGUGAGGAAUCCUUAGGGCUCUUUAGUUGGCAUGCCUUCGGAAAAUGUUAUCCCGACAAUGGGUAUGGAGAGGUCUCAAAAAGGGUUGUGAGCUAUUGUGGAGGGAUUCCAUUAGCAAUUAAAGUUUUAGGUUCUUCUCUAUCAGGGAAAUGCUUAAACGUAUGGGAAAGUCAAUUGGAAAAAUUGAAAAUGAUUCCCGACAGUCAAAUCCUUGAAAAACUUCAAAUAAGCUACGACUCUUUACAAGAUGACCACGACAAACAUCUAUUCCUCAAUCUUGCUUUUUUUUUUGUUGGAAGCAAUGAGGAUUGCACUGUUACGAUCUUAGACGGAUGUGAAUUUUACAUAGUGGUUGGCAUUCAAAACCUCAUGGACAGAUGUUUGAUAUCGAUUGAUAGAAGUAAUACAUUGGUAAUGCAUCAUUUGCUUCAAGAAAUGGGAAGAGAGAUUGUUCACCAAGAGUCACCAAAGGAGCCAGGCAAACGUAGCAUCCUUUGGAAUCAUAAGGAUGCACUUAAUGUUUUGAGAGAAAACAAUGGCACAAGCAAAGUCGAAGGCCUUAAACUCAAUAUUUAUGCGCUGAAGGAAGAUAUAUAUGCUAGUACGAUUCUUGGUGAUAAUAGAAAAUGUCGCUAUGAAGAGUUCCUUCAGAAGUCCUUAUUGUUAAAUGUGGGUUCUUCGCUUAAAAGAUAUGGUUUUAGCAUCUUUUCCUCUCACCUCGAACCCACUGAUCCAAAAAAAUCAAAUCUAGUGGCUUUGGAAGCUAAUGCAUUUGCAAAGAUGCGCAAACUAAAACUUCUGCAUCCAUACCUCGUGAUUUUCCUUUGGAGAGAAAGUGAAUCCACCACCACCCACCCACCCCCCCUUCUUUUGCAAUUUCUACGGUUGUUAAAAAUCCUCAAUCUCAGUCAUUCAUAUAACCUUGCCAAAAUUCCCAACUUUUCAGAACUCCUCAAUCUUGAGAAACUGGUACUUAAAAAUUGUACAAGUUUGGUUGAGGUUCAUGAAUCCAUUGGACGCCUUGACAAGCUUGUUAUGUUAAAUUUGGAAGACUGCAAAAAUUUGAGGAAUCUUCCGACAAGCAUUUGUAUGCUAAAACAUUUGGAAACGCUUGUCAUCUCUGGUUGCUCAAAUCUCGACGAAUUGCCGACAAACAUGGGAAAUAUGGAGUCUCUAACUAUGCUCGCGGUAAAUGGAAUUGCUUUAAAUCAAUCUGUCCCUACCAAUGGGCAGGUAAAUGCAGUGCAAUCUUUCAUCUGGUCUUGGCGGUUGAAGCCAAGAGAAAGUCCAAAAAUUUCAUGGUCUUCUUCACCAUGUUCCUUGGUAAAAUUACAUCUAGCGAAAUGUAAUCUUUCGGAGGAUGAUUUCCCUAGAGACCUUAGCAAUCUAUGGUCACUGAAGGAACUAGAUCUGUCGUUCAAUCAAUUUCGUGGCCUCCCAGAUUUCAUCAGAGGUCUGAAGGUUGAGUACUUGUACAUUUAUUCUUGCCCAAGGCUCCCGCAACUACUUGGUUUCUUUUUUGCAUGUAAUAAAUUGCUGGAGGAAGUAACUUUUCAAAUUUCCCACCGUCCAACAACCACUUCUCUAGAGACUUUGAGCCUAUUCAAAGUAGAAUCCGUAGGAAACGUUGAAGCUAAGAUUGUUAAUAAUUUGGGGUUGUCGAACUUGCAAUCCAUGGGAAACCUAACUGUAAAACUAACGUCAUGGCAUGGCAUGCGACAAAGGAGGCUUCCCCUCCAGGUAUGUUAUGAAACAUAUAUAAUCUCCGCUUAUAUUCCUGGUAGCGAGGUUCCACCCUGGUUCAAUUUCAAGAAUCUAGGAGCCUCAAUUGAUUUUAUUGUGCCUUCUAUCUUAAUUCAAGGACCCGAGGCUUAAAUCUGUGUUCAGCUUAUGAGUGCUCUCGUGAUCCAAAAGACUAUGAACCACAUACGGUUGUAAGUAAUAGGACGAAGGGCUUGGUUUGGAACCAUUGCCCCCCACAUGUCUUUGGAACGGCAAAAGAUGGUGAAGACAUGAUGUGGUUAAGUUAUUGGAAAUUUGGAAAUCAUUUGGAAGGCGGCGAUGAAAUCAAUAUUUCAGUGUCUGGAGGUGAAUUUGUGCAAGUAAAGGAGGUUGGCUUCUAUACAAGGAGGAACAAGAAGAUAUGAGCUCCCAAUCAGCCUAUGAAGAUGAAAUACCCCAUCAAUUUGGAAAUAUUGUUCCAGGAAAUGUUUCUGCACAUCAGCCGGGCACAAAAUUGUACCAACUCGGCCUUCAUCUUGUUAAACGCGAGCGUUGUGAUCAUCGGUACCCUCCACCUUGGAUCCCUGCCUCUUCUGAUCAUGAUCCUACUAUGGAAUGUUCAUGUUUCUCUGCUUUAGUAAAUUGGAACCCAUUUUAUGUUUCUCCAGAUCCUGGUUGUUGAUUUGUUAAGCUGCUACAAUCUGUAUCAACGAGAUUUAGUAGUCAAUCUGGAUAAUUAUCUUUUGGUGUUUGAAUAACCAAAAUUAGCAACCUUUACCUUUUCUCUUUGAAA